AUGGGCAAAAGAAAUUUGAAACUCUGUGGCAAACUCAUUGCCUGUUGCGUGGCUUUUAUAGUGGUCCUGUCGGCGGGACUUGCAUCCAAGGCAUCAAUUUUCUUUAUGACGUCGUCUAUGGGCCAGGAACUGAAGGAAACCUCAACAGGGGGACCGCAUCGCUACACCAGCGGAGAUGACCCCAUCCGACACGCUGAGCACUUCGCUUGUUGGAUGUGGGGUAUUUUCUUCAGUUUUGUAGUUCCUGAAUUGUUCAGUUUCUUGCAAUUGCUAUACAUUUGUCUUUGCCGUCGAGAUUGUUGGAAGAGUCCUCGUUCUGUCGUUCGUUCUGUCGAUCUUCCAAUUGUGUUUCUAUUCGAGACUGCCCAGGCCGUUGGGAUGGCCAUACUAUUCGGCUCAAUUUUACCGUGUCUUUCGGUGGUACACGGUAUUGUGGUUACCAACUGCAUUUAUCUGGUUCCUGCGCUAUUCAACCUCCUGUCGCGAAAACCUGACGAACCGAAACCGUUAGCCAAAAUGACACUGGAUGGUAUUGCCUUUCUUGCCCAGUUGAGUGGCUGUUUACACUGGAUCUUCAUCCGAAGCACUACGGCAUCAUUGGGCAACCACUACAGUUCUAGCUUCACCCAACGCCACCAGUUGGUGGAUUGGACCUUGCCCGUAUCCCUUUUUCUCAUUUCUCUUGGCUGGUGGGAGAACCACGUCGACAAAGACGCAUCUGUCGGAUUUAUUAAGUUUUUGGGUCGAAUAAAAGAAGAAAUGAAGACGCGACCACUGAUUCAGAUAUUUUUAAUCCUGUGGAAAACACUGAUUUUCCUUGGCACAAUGCUCAUUUGUACCAGCGUCAUUAUUCCGGAAGGGCACAUACCAGAAACGAACCUCAGUUCAUUCUUGUUCCUUAUCAAACAAGGCUUAUAUCAAUUUUGGUCCAGUGCGAUGUCAGUGGAUUGGACUUCCCCGUUUUACAUCUUUAUCAUCCAAGCGACUGCCUCCUUGCUCUUCUUUUGUUUCGGGACAUUUGCCUGCAAGAUCGGUGCACAGAGAUACGGCUUCGCAUUUUCAGUUGUUAUAAUAACCCCUGUACUCAUUUCAACGUUAACUAUGGCGCAUUUCAAUAUAGUCGACCCACUUCCGAUUCCUAUCUCGUUCAGGACAGAUAACGACGACAACCAGCCAAUUAUAUUGCUAGCCCUGUCAUUCAUAUGGAUUCUCUCUCAAAUUUGGAUUACCCGUCACAUUUGGGAGCCUGUUGAAUUGGCAUUUCAGAUGAAUGAUACUAAAUGGUAUAAUUCUCUUCUUAUUGACCACUCAUUGAAUUUGAGCUCGCCACGGUAUCGAGACCAGGAGGAUGCCACCUCAGGAUGUUUAACCAACUGCACCAUAACAUCGCGCAUUUUUGCCGUUGCAACAAUGUGGCACGAAUCGAGCGAUGAGAUGAUGACCAUUCUCAAGUCUAUCUUCCGAUUGGAUAAAGAUCAAUCAGAGCGCCGUGUCAACCGUGAUUGCAGCAAGGUUAUUGACCCACACCUCUAUCAUUAUGAGACACAUAUCUUUUUCGACGACGCUUUUGAAUCGGGCACGACAGAUAGUGCCACGUCGAGGGUAGUCAAUCAGUUUGUAAAUGAGUUUAUCGCAAUGGUUGAUAAGGUGAACUCUCAAUGGACAAAUUCUACCAGCCCCCAAUCACCGACGGUUUCUGUCACUCCUUAUGGAGGUCGAUUGGUGUGGGUCCUUCCGGCAAACACAAAAAUGGCCGUUCAUUUGAAAGAUAGAACGAAAAUUCGCGUCAAGAAACGUUGGAGUCAAGUAAUGUAUAUUGACUACCUAAUCCGGUACGAGAUGGCGAAUUGCCUGGACAUGACGAAUGUCUUUAUACUGUCGCUGGACGGAGAUAUGGACUUUCAGCCAAAAGCUGUUCACACACUUGUGGAUCUGAUGAAUUCCCAAAAAGAUGUUAGCAUCGUUUGCAAUCGCUCUCAUCCAACAGGGUCCAUAGGUGCAAUGGUUUGGUACCAAAUGUUUGAGUACGCAGUUGGCUUUUGGUUGCUGAAACCUAGUGAGGAUCUGUUGGGAAGUAUACUUUGUGCUUCCGGUUGCUUCUCCCUCAUCCGUGCUAGUGUCCUCCUUGAUGAAGAAAUCAUGGCCAAAUUCACUACUGUUUCUGAGGAAGCUCACCACAUGAUCCAACGUGACCAAGGGGAAGAUCGAUGGCUGUGCACUUUACUCAUCAAACGAGGAUACCGACUUGCCUACUCGGCGAACAGUUCUGCGUACACCCAUUGCCCGGAGACUUUCGAAGAGUUUUACAAUCAACGUCGUCGAUGGGCGUUGUCCCUACUUGCAAAUACGCUAGAUGUGCUCUGGAAUUGCAGGCAAAUUGUUAAAAUAAAUCCAAAUAUUUCGUGGCUUUACAUCGCUUUCCAGGCCGUGUUACUAACUAUUGGCCUCUUGUGUCCCGGAUCAGUUUUUCUUGCUUUAGUCUACACUUCUGCAACUACCUUUUAUCUCAGCCCAUGGAUUAGUCUCACUGUUCAUUCAGUUCUUAUUUUUAUAUUCGUUUUUACCUGUUUCUUAGUUUCAACUCGCGUGCAGCUAAUGAUAGCGAAAUGUCUUUCAGUUUUAUAUGGUUUACUUCUGGUUGCUGCGUUGGUCCAUUGGUUAACAGCGAUGUCUGUUAAUUCUGGCAUACAAAUGUUAUGGUCGAUACAUAAUGUUUUCUUCCUUUGUCUGGCAAGUUGCAUCUUUCUGGCUGGUUGCCUACACCCGAGCGAAAUUCAAUGCCUUCUGGCGGGCCCUGUUUACCUCCUGUUGACACCUUCGAUGAGUAUAUUACUCUUGCUGUAUUCGAUAAUUAACAUGAACAUCGUUUCAUGGGGAACUCGUGAUUCUAAUCCACCUGCAACAGCAAGACCAACUACGGAAAUUCCUACGAAGGUCACAAAGUAUUUCGCUAACGAGAUGGAGCAGUCUAUUGUUAAUGGCACUGAGAAUUUGCAAAUUUCGGACGGAGAUGGUCAAAAAAUGAAUGCGACCGAUCAGCUUUCCAAAGACGCAUGUAGUCAACCUUGCAAAACAACAGAUUCUGAGGAAGCGUCUGUUUCCAGAACAUCAAUUCCAUCAUUAAGCGAUCAACAUGUCCACAGAAUAGGAUCCUUAGACUGGAAUUUGGAAACUGAAGUUAAAUUGUCAAAACAAUUACGUAAUGUUAAAUGUUUGUCGCACGAAGAAGAUACCUACUGGAAUAAUUUAAUAGCCCAGAAAUUAUCUCCCAUUGUGGACAACAGCCAAGAACACAAGGAAAGAAUCUCAAUCGAUUUAAUUCGGUUACGGAAUUGGUCCUUCACGUUCUUCAUUUUGCUCAAUUCGCUUUUCGUUGCGCUGAUAUUCGGGAUGCAAGCUAACGACAAUUUAAUAUCUCAAGGCGUAAACAGCACGGACAGUUUAACGCAUCACGACUUAAUUGAGUUGACGAGUCUCAAUGACGGUCGUUUGUCACAGACAAGUCCCGUACACAUUAUUCUGGUCUCGUUAGCCGGAUUGAUGCUAUUCAUUCAAUUUGCAGCCCUUUUGAUUUUCAGGGUCAAAAACCUAAUCCGCAUCUUGUCAUCUGUACAUUUCACGUCAUUAUGCGAGAGUUCACCGAGGAUGGAUAGCUCAGUCGUUUUGACUCGCUUCAAUCAAAACGGCGAAAAUUUAGCCACUACCCACCAUACAGAACUACGUCAACUUCAAUUUAUCUCGUAGUAUUAAAUGUUCCAGCGCUUUUCGUUUGGGAUUAUGGUGGUGGGUAAUGGAAAGUAGUACAGCUCCACCUGUUGUGCUUUCUGAAGAUGCGGGUUGCUGGUAUUACAAUGG